GGGAGCUCGAGACGAGCACCCGGUGGCCGGAUCUCCUUUCCCACGUGGUCGCUUCGCCGCGGCCGCCUCCGCCCACGAACCGCGUGUGUCCGACCGGGCGGGGGAGCCCCUCUCCUCAUCUAUUCCACGGACCGCUCGCAGCCCCUCUCUCAGUCUGUUCCUAACUGGUUGGAGGUCUGUUUGA